GCCAACGACAUGUACGUUCGACAGGUAACGUUGUUAGUUUUUCUGUGCUGUAUGAUGGCUGCGCUCGCGCGGCCUGACGGUGGCGAUAGCCCGCCUGUGCCUGGCCCUGGUCUUUCAUAUGGAGGAAUCCCGUACGGCAGCAUGAGCGGCAACGUCGCCGAAUUCUUCCGACAACAGGCGGCACCUAGUGGCAGAAGCGCGUACCGCCAGCAGUUUACCAAUACGCCUGGUGUCGACUUCGCCCCGAUUGAACAGUGGCUACGAUAGGUAGCGCUAGUGGUUUAUAGAUUUUAUGUUCGGGAACCAAAGUGACAGCUGUAGUGGUUAAGGGUGGUGCCACCUGUCUAAAUUCUUUGUUUUGUCAAUUUGUUUGUUCGGUGUCUUGCGUCUCAUAUUUUGCUUAGUGAGAUAGUGAGAUGCACAGACAUUGGACCAAGAUAUUGGACAGAUGGAAUACCACCCUAAGCUAUGACUCAGGGUAGUCAGGGUUCCUCAAUUUUCUAAAAUAAAGAAUAAUCAGACACUGUGAUAAUAAAUUUAUAGUGCAUAUUUAUAAAAAUAAAAUAAUAUUCCGACGAGCUUUCCUUUUUAAA